AAAAUUAUAAACAUCUGUUAUCGUUGCUAUGGGCUGCAACUACAUACUUAGAAAUAAACAUGAUAUGAAUGCUUUCGCGUGCCGGUCAAAAAAUAUGUCAUUCCUCAUUCAACUUUCAACAGUGUAACAGCUACCUUUAGCAUCAGAAAUACAGAAAUUACGUUAUAAUAUAUUUUGAUUUAUAAUCAUUAUGUCAUAUCCUUUAAAAAUUAUGGAUAUUCCGAAUUGUCUACCAUUCUUUUUUGUUCACGACCGAACUAUGUUCGGAAUGAAAAUGAUGAGAAAAGAAAGAACAAAUGGACACAUGGUAUAUGACUACUAUCCAUUAAAAAAGGAAGAUGCUGACAACAAAGUUAAAGAACAAAUAGAAAAAAACGAAUUUCCAGUAUUUCCACCGGGUCCGCCCACAAUAUACGUCCGAAAAAACUUGAAAAAAAAAUUCGUGUUCAAAUCGGUAUCAUAUAACGAACAAACAGGAUAUUUUACUUUUGUGUAUUACCCAAUGGACAUGAACAUUACAUCCGAAAACGACGAGAACGACAAGACUCUGCAGUCUUCGUCCCCAUCGACGGCCUCGACUUCCGAACCAAUAAUGAAACCGCAAGACGGACAAACAGAAAAAGUCUCGACUUGUGAAAAUUUAUCGACUGUAAAACGACCUUACGGGUCAAUGCCAAAUUUAACGGCGUCUAUAACAACCGAUGAUGACACUGCAGCCGCGGUCCAAGCGCCGACUGCUGUUGCGGUACAGCAAGUUUCCGCAGAACCGCCCGAGUCAGAAAACUACUCCGAACCGCAAAUGGGGCAAAACAUCGGGUUGGUGAACGCGGCAGUGAUGGUGUCACCAACAGCUGCCGCUGAAGAAGACGUGAUCCGAUCACCGUCGGUCACGUCCGAUCGGAAGGUUUCUGAAGGACCAAAACACGACGGAUCGGGCGAACUGCAGGAUGCCAAGACGAGCCGAGACGUCGCCGUUCGUCUGCCGGGGAGAUUAUGGUAUUCAAUGCCAAACAUAGCGAUCCAUGAUACGGAUAAAGUUUUUUACGAGACUACCGAAAUCGAUUGCAUUGCACCGACGCCAGUUUCCCGUGAUUCGUUGGCAACUGCGACAGAGCCCGCAGACGAGAUUACGCCGGUAAAAAUCAAACGUCGCUCGAUGUGGAAGCGGGCGAGGAAAUUAGUUCGUCGCGUUUUUUGUUGCGCUGCGUGAUGUGUGACUUUAUAAAAUUAAGUCGCUUUUUUUUGCCCGGGCUAAUCUAAACCUUCCGACGGAAGUUCCUUGCGACACGUUGAAGGUAGUGCCGGCUAAACGACGGUCAUUAUGGAAACUGACAAAAAGAUUUGUCCGUCUUAUGUUUUGUUGCGGUUUGUAAUAGUAGUUCACAAUUUUCGUGACUGCUUGUAAAGAUUUUCGGUAUAUGUCUAAUUAUUACCAAAUAUAAGUAGAUACCUGAUUUUUUAAAAUUUAAUUCAAUCGUGCAGUUGCAACGACGGGUUCUUAUAUUCUUAUACAGAUACCGAUAAUCGUAUUUGUUUAUAUAAAAUGUAUAUGUUGUUGUUAUGUUAUAUUUAAUAAAUUGGUUUUUGUUUAUGAUA